UAAAAAUAUCAAUGUAAUUGGUAAGAAAAUGAUCUCAUUAGAUGUCACUUCGCUUUUUACAAAUGUUUCUCUCACAGAAACUAUGUUUUUUAUGUGACUAUAUUGAAAACAACAACCUUGAAAUGUGUAUCCCUAAACAUUAUCUAAAAGAUUUACUUCUACAAUGUGCGCUCAACGUGCAGUUUAGAUUUAAUGAUGAUUUCUAUAGACAAACAAAUGGAGUUGGGAUGGGUUCUUCAGUGGGCCCUCUCUUGGCUGAUUGCUUAAUGGCCAAUCUAAGGAAUUCUGUACUUCGUCCAAUAAUUGAGAGAUUUCAUUUAUAUAAGAGAUGUAUGGAUGAUACUUUCAUUAUUUGUGAAGAAGACAUGGACCUAAAUAAAGUUUUGAAAAGUUUUAACAACUGUCACCCUUCAAUUCAAUUCACCUUAGAAGCAGAGGCAAAUAAUGAGUUUCAUUUUCUUGAUGUCCGGUUAAAAAGAAUGCCUGAUGGUUUUUUAAAGCGAUCUAUAUACAGAAAACCUAACUGGAAUGGGCAGUACACUAAUUUCCAUGGUUGGGUUGCAUUGAGUAGAAAGAGGAAAUUAAUUCACUCUUUAUCCUCUAGGAUCAGAUGAAUCUGUUCCACUGACACGAUAGAUGAGGAACUAAUUCAAGUUCGACAAACUCUAAUCAGAAACGGUUAUCCACCUUGAUUACCCCUUGAUUAGUACGUAACCUCCUUU